GCCCUCUCCUUAAGGGGCGUCAUUGGACGACUGAGCCUUGCCUUUAGCUGUGGGCGGAGCCCCACUCUUUUUUUUAUCUUUUUCAAAAUUCUCAAGGUUUUUUAAAAAAUAUUUUUUAUAAGAGUGCUAUUGCCGUAGGCCCACGGAAAACAUUGUUUCGCUUUUCUUUUUCACUUAAUAGAAAACGUCCCCUGCCGCCUGGGUCCCGCCAGCAGUUCGCUCAUGCGCGUAAGCCACCAGAAGAUGGCGGCGAUAAUCGCCGCAUUUUUUUCAAAUUAGUGGUUCCCAGAAAGCAUUGCGCGCAUUUGUAACGAAUUUCCGUUCGAGUUUGUAUUUUAGGCGCCAUUUUCGAGUGAAGGACCCGCAGCCGAAACACCGGUAGCAGAGGGGGGGUAUGCAACCGUUUCCAACGUUGGUCUGAGUGGACUAUCCGGCAGCGACCAUGCCCCGUAAAGGCACCCAGCCCUCCACCGCCCGGCGCAGAGAGGAAGGGCCGCCGCAGUCCCCGGACGGCGCCAGCAGCGACGCGGAGCCCGAGCCGCCGCCCGGCCGCGCGGGGAGCCUCGCGCCUGCCACCGCAGAGACUCCAAGUGAGGAAAUAGAUAAUAGAAGUUUAGAAGAGAUUUUGAAUAGCAUCCCUCCUCCCCCACCUCCAGCAAUGACCAAUGAAGCUGGAGCUCCUCGUCUUAUGAUAACUCAUAUUGUAAACCAGAACUUCAAAUCCUAUGCUGGGGAAAAAAUUCUGGGACCUUUCCAUAAGCGCUUUUCCUGUAUUAUUGGGCCAAAUGGCAGUGGCAAAUCCAAUGUUAUUGAUUCUAUGCUUUUUGUGUUUGGCUAUCGAGCACAAAAAAUAAGAUCUAAAAAACUCUCAGUUCUAAUACACAAUUCUGAUGAACACAAGGAUAUUCAGAGUUGUACUGUAGAAGUUCACUUUCAAAAGAUAAUUGAUAAGGAAGGGGAUGAUUAUGAAGUAGUUCCUAACAGUAACUUUUAUGUAUCCAGAACGGCCUACAGAGAUAAUACUUCUGUUUAUCACAUAAGUGGGAAGAAGAAAACAUUUAAGGAUGUUGGAAAUCUUCUUCGAAGCCAUGGAAUUGACUUGGACCAUAAUAGAUUUUUAAUCUUACAGGGUGAAGUUGAACAAAUUGCUAUGAUGAAACCAAAAGGCCAGACUGAACAUGAUGAGGGUAUGCUUGAAUAUUUAGAAGAUAUAAUUGGUUGUGGACGGCUAAAUGAACCUAUUAAAGUCUUGUGUCGGAGAUUUGAAAUAUUAAAUGAACACAGAGGAGAGAAGUUAAACAGAGUUAAGAUGGUGGAAAAGGAAAAGGACGCCUUAGAAGGAGAGAAAAACAUAGCCAUUGAAUUUCUUACCUUGGAAAAUGAAAUAUUUAGAAAAAAGAAUCAUGUUUGUCAAUAUUACAUUUAUGAUCUGCAGAAACGAAUUGCUGAAAUGGAGACUCAAAAGGAAAAAAUUCAUGAAGAUACCAAAGAAAUUAAUGAGAAGAGCAAUAUACUGUCAAACGAAAUGAAAGCUAAGAAUAAAGAUGUAAAAGAUGUAGAGAAGAAGCUGAACAAAAUUACAAAAUUUAUUGAGGAGAACAAAGAAAAAUUUACAAAACUAGAUUUAGAAGAUGUUCAAGUUAGGGAAAAAUUAAAGCAUGCUACAAGUAAAGCCAGAAAACUGGAAAAACAACUUCAAAAAGAUAAAGAAAAGAUUGAAGAAUUUAAAAGUAUACCUGCCAAGAGUGAGAAUAUCAUAACUGAGACAACAACUAGAAACAAUGCCCUUGAGAAAGAAAAAGAAAAAGAAGAAGAAAAAUUAAAGGAAGUUAUGGAUAGCCUUAAACAGGAAACACAAGGGCUUCAGAAGGAAAAAGAAAGUCGAGAGAAAGAACUUAUGGAUUUCAGCAAAUCAGUAAAUGAAGCACGUUCAAGGAUGGAUGUAGCCCAAUCAGAACUUGAUAUCUAUCUUAGUCGUCAUAAUACCGCAGUGUCUCAAUUAAGAAGGGCCAAUGAAGCUCUAAUGGCAGCUUCUGAGACUCUCAAAGAAAGGAAAGCUGCAAUUGGAGAUAUACAGGCAAAACUCCCUCAAACUGAACGUGAACUAAAGGAGAAAGAAAAACAACUUCAAAAACUUACACAAGAAGAAAUAAAUUUCAAAAGUUUGGUUCAUGAUCUUUUCCAAAAAGUCGAAGAAGCGAAGAGUUCCUUAGCAAUGAAUCGAAGUAGGGGGAAAGUCCUUGAUGCAAUAAUUCAAGAAAAAAUAUCUGGCAGAAUUCCAGGAAUAUAUGGAAGAUUGGGGGACUUAGGAGCAAUUGAUGAAAAAUACGAUAUUGCUAUUUCAUCCUGUUGUCAUGCAUUAGACUACAUUGUUGUUGAUUCUAUCGAUACGGCCCAAGAAUGUGUAAACUUCCUUAAAAGACAAAAUAUUGGAGUUGCAACCUUUAUAGGUUUGGAUAAGAUGGCAGUGUGGGCAAAGAAAAUGACCAAAAUUCAAACUCCUGAAAAUACUCCUCGAUUAUUUGAUUUAGUAAAAGUAAAAGAUGAGGAAAUUCGCCAAGCUUUUUACUUUGCCUUACGGGAUACCUUAGUAGCUGACAACUUAGAUCAAGCCACAAGAGUAGCAUAUCAGAAAGAUAGAAGAUGGAGAGUGGUAACAUUACAGGGGCAAAUCAUAGAACAGUCAGGUACAAUGACUGGUGGUGGAAGCAAAGUAAUGAAAGGAAGGAUGGGUUCAUCAGUUGUUGUUGAAAUCUCAGAAGAAGAGGUAAAUAAAAUGGAAUCACAGUUGCAGAGAGACUCUCAAAAAGCAGUGCAAAUUCAGGAACAGAAAGUACAACUGGAAGAAGCAGUAGUUAAGUUAAGGCAUAGUGAACGAGAAAUGAGGAAUACACUAGAAAAGUUUACUGCAAGCAUCCAGCGUUUAUCAGAGCAAGAAGAAUAUUUGAAUGUCCAAGUUAAGGAACUUGAAGCUAAUGUACUUGCUACAGCCCCUGACCAAAAAAAGCAGAAAUUGCUAGAAGAAAAUGUUACUGCUUUCAAGACAGAGUAUAACAAUGUGGCUGAGAGAGCUGGUAAAGUGGAAGCUGAGGUUAAAAGGUUACACAAUAUUAUCGUAGAAAUCAAUAACCAUAAACUCAAGGCCCAACAAGACAAACUUGAUAAAAUAAACAAACAAUUAGAUGAAUGUGCUUCUGCUAUUACUAAAGCCCAAGUAGCAAUCAAGACUGCUGACAGAAAUCUUAAAAAAGCACAAGACUCUGUCUUUCGCACAGAGAAAGAAAUAAAAGAUACUGAGAAAGAAGUAGAUGACUUAACAGCAGAGCUAAAAAGUCUUGAAGACAAAGCAGCGGAGGUCGUAAAGAAUGCAAAUGCUGCAGAGGAGUCCUUACCAGAGAUCCAGAAAGAACAUCGUAACCUACUUCAAGAACUAAAAGUAAUUCAGGAAAAUGAACAUGCUCUUCAAAAAGAUGCACUUAGUAUUAAGUUGAAACUUGAACAAGUAGAUGGUCAUAUUGGUGAACAUAAUUCUAAAAUAAAAUACUGGCAAAAAGAGAUCUCAAAAAUAUCAUUGCAUCCCAUAGAAGAUAAUCCUGUUGAAGAGAUUCCACUUCUAAGCCCAGAAUAUCUUGAAGCAAUCAAGAACCCAGAUUCCAUAACAAAUCAAAUUGCACUCUUGGAAGCCCAGUGUCAUGAAAUGAAACCAAACCUUGGUGCCAUUGCAGAGUAUAAAAAGAAGGAAGAAUUAUAUUUACAACGGGUAGCAGAAUUGGACAAAAUUACUUAUGAAAGAGAUAAUUUUAGACAGGCAUAUGAAGAUCUUCGGAAACAAAGACUUAAUGAAUUCAUGGCAGGUUUUUAUAUAAUAACAAAUAAAUUAAAGGAAAAUUACCAAAUGCUUACUUUGGGAGGUGAUGCCGAGCUGGAGCUUGUAGACAGCUUGGAUCCUUUCUCUGAAGGAAUCAUGUUCAGUGUCCGACCACCUAAGAAAAGUUGGAAGAAGAUCUUCAACCUUUCAGGAGGAGAGAAAACACUUAGUUCAUUGGCUUUAGUAUUUGCUCUUCACCACUACAAACCCACUCCCCUGUACUUCAUGGAUGAGAUUGAUGCAGCCCUUGAUUUCAAAAAUGUUUCCAUUGUUGCAUUUUAUAUAUAUGAACAAACAAAAAAUGCCCAGUUCAUAAUAAUUUCUCUUCGAAAUAAUAUGUUUGAGAUUUCAGAUAGACUUAUUGGAAUUUACAAGACAUACAAUAUAACAAAAAGUGUUGCAGUAAACCCGAAAGAAAUUGCAUCUAAAGGACUUUGCUAAACUUGUUUAUACUGAAGAUUUCUCAGAUUGAAUCACCAGAUUCAGCGUACUGUAUUUACUGACUUUCUAUUUGUAAAGGGUUAUAAAUUAUAUAAAAUACAUAUUCUUAAACUGGAUCAUAUAACUAGUUUCUAUUUUAUGCUGUUACUUAAGAGACAUGUUACAAGUCUAAUAAAAUAUUCUCUAUACCUGCUUCUAGGAGAUUGUAAGAAACUGGUAACUUUGUAAGCAGCAGACUGUGGAGAAAAUAAGAUGCCUGUGGGGGUCAGGUGACUUACCCUUAGCCCCAAACUGCUACCUGCAGAGUUAAAAGUGAACAGUACAGUUCUGAACUAGAUCAUGUUA